AUGUCAAAAAUAUUUUUUAUCACGGGGGCGGGAAGUGGCAUCGGACGAGUGUUAGCACGCGAGCUCCUCCUGAAGGAUUACCGGGUAUUCUUGACCGAUUACAAUAAUGAUUUCCUCCAAGAUACUUGCACGGCGCAUCUUCCUUCCGUCAUUCCCAGCGACAAGCACAAGAAUUUUCAAUGGGCACAGAUGAACGUUUGCGAUAUCGCGCAAGUCAGCGAGGCAAUUGCACUGUGCGUUCAGGCCUUUGGUGGCAUCGAUAGCCAGUAUAUGCGCGCAGGGAUCAAAAUGGAUCAAGUUCCCACGUCCGAUUUCGAAAAGAUCCUCUCGGUCAACCUAGUCGGCACUUAUCGCGUCUCUCAGAAUGCUAUCCCACAUCUCGAAAGGUCCCCAGGUGGUGGUGUCAUAAUCAACAUGUCCAGCUGUCGAUCAACGCAACAGAGCAAGCACGGCGAAGCCUAUGCAGCCUCCAAGGCCGGAAUUGAAGGGCUCAGCAUGGCAAUGGCCGUGAGCUUAGGACCGAAGGUUCGAGUGCAUGUGGUGAGUCCCGGCAUGGUGGACGUGCGGUGCGAGCGGAACGAGAAUCUGUUACCAGAUCUGCAAACAAUUCGAGGGGACCUGGAUCGAGAUUUUCAGAGUGAGUAUGCGCCGGCUUGGGGUUCGGGGAAAAGUGAUGCUUUGAGUGAGGCGCAUCCCGUGAAAAGAAUUGGGAGGGGAGAGGAUAUUGCGCGCUGGGUGGAAUUUCUGGCUGUUUUGGAAGGUGGAUUUACAACUGGGGGAACCUACUUGGUGGACGGAGGAUAUUCGAAAGUUCUUUCAUAUCCUAGCUAG